GGUAUUUUGACCUGGUAGAUUUAUCUACCAGAAAAAGAAAAAGUAAAAGAAAAAGAAAAAAAAAGAAACGGAGAAGUUGUACUCGUCUACUCCACUACUUUGCAACUAACGAAGUGUUCCAGCAGUUUGGGCUAAGAAUAGAUCAAAGUAAAGUCAAGGGACGAGACGAAGCACAGAAACCCUAAGAUUUGAAUCUGUGUAUCUGGAUCUCCAUCUAGUAAUGGAGAGGCGGGGAGAGUGUAAACUUGAGAUAUUAAGCUCAGUGAUCGCACUGUGUUUCGUGGUGCUAGCCUGCGUUGAGCUCGGAGAUGCCGCCACCGCUGUCGACGUAUACCGUCUCAUUCAGUACGAUCUCGCCGGGGCACCUUUUGGAUCUCGUAUUGCUAAUCUUAAUCAUCACGCUGGCUCAUCUCUCACCGCUCCCAAUGCGGAUCUCUCCCGCACUGUUGUCAUCAUUCCAAUUGCCGACCUUAAUGUUUCCUCCGUUAAAGCAGAUUACAUUGACCGGAAACAGCCCCUGGGCGGUCUGUUGUUUUUGCUGCCUUCAAUUUUCCGUUCCGAAGAUAAGGAAAGCAAACAGGAUGCUGAUCACAACUCCGAAACGAGAGACAAAUUGGCGCUGUUGGAAAGGUUGCUGGUGCAUGCCAACAUACCUUAUCCUGUCUAUUUUGCCUUUGAGGAUGAGCACAUCAAGGCUGUGCUGGCUGAUGUUAAACGAAAUGAUGUGAUUGGCCAGCCUGCCACAGCAACUACUGGCGGGUACAAGCUUGUUGUUUCAACAUCGGAAGCAAGGAAGGUUUCUUCUCCGAGCAUUACAAACAUUCAGGGAUGGUUGCCAGGAUUGAAGCUGGAAGGAGAUUCCAACCAAAUCCCAACAAUUGCUAUAGUUGCACCUUAUGAUACAUUUGGGGCUGCACCAACACUGUCAGUGGGUAGUGACAGUAAUGGAAGUGGUGUUGUGGCACUUUUGGAAAUUGCACGACUAUUUUCAGCCUUGUACUCAAACCCAAAAACAAGAGGAAGAUACAACUUACUUUUUGGGCUGACCUCUGGUGGACCUUACAACUAUAAUGGUACUCAAAAGUGGCUCCGGAGCUUAGACCAACGUAUGCGUGAGAGUAUUGAUUAUGCUAUUUGUUUGAAUAGUAUUGGCUCAUGGGACAAUGAAUUGUGGCUUCAUGUGUCGAAACCUCCAGAGAAUGCUUACGUAAAGCAAAUUUUCAAAGAUUUUUCUGAUGUUGCUGGAGAAUUGGGGGUUAAGGUUGGUUUGAAGCACAAGAAAAUAAACAUCUCAAAUCCUCGAGUAGCUUGGGAGCACGAACAAUUUUCAAGGCUCAGAGUGACAGCAGCCACGCUUUCAGAACUCUCCUCUGCACCUGAAUUUCUGGAGAAUUUUGGGGGUCUUUCUGAUAACAGGCAUUUGGUUAAUGAAACUGCUGUAAUCAGAGGUGUCAAAUUAGUGGCAGAGAGUCUUGCGAGGCAUAUAUAUGGGCUUGAAGAAAAGAAUAUUCAGAUCUUUGCAGAAGACAGUAGCCUAGCAGUCAAUCCAUCUUACAUUGUGUCAUGGUUAAGCCUUUUAUCACGGACACCUCGAGUUGCCCCUUUCCUUCCAAAAACUGAUCCAUUCAUUAAUGCUCUUAGAAAGGAACUGGCAGAGCAUACAGCUGAGGUGAAUGUACAACAUGAGAAUCUUGAUGGAAUUUUCACUUUCUAUGAUUCAGCAGAGGCCACUCUGAAUAUUUACCAGGUGGCUAGUGUGACAUUUGAUUUGCUGUUAUUGCUAGUUCUGGGAUCAUACUUGAUAGUGCUAUUCAGUUUCCUCGUCAUUACAACCAGGGGCCUCGAUGAUCUCAUCAGUUUAUUUCGAAGACCACCUUCCCGGAAAGUGAAAACAGCCUAAUUCUGCAAAAAGGAACUGUUGAACAUCGUAAAGCUUGUUCUACACUCAAAGGCAAUGAUGUUUUCUUGCAGCCUAGACUGACAUAACAUUUUCUCCAGCCUGAACCAUAAGUGCUGCUGUUGCAGAUUUGCUGUUGCUGGUGCUUUCCAUCUACAAAUAGGAAGAGGCUGUCCAUUAUUGUCAUUUCACAAAGAAAACUCUAUAUACGAGGACUUGGGUGCGUUAUUCCCAAGCAAAAGUUUUGUUGUAAUGACUUGAACAGCAUUUGGUUUUACCGUCUACAAUUUGAAUACCCUCUGCUGUCUGUUCUGUUAUCAAUUCUUUCAGAAGGUUCCUAGUUCUUUUCCUGUCAAGGAAGCAGAAAUUCAACUCUGGCUCAAGUUUGUGUCCAAUGUUAACUGUACUACAGGAAUAGAUUGGAAUCUGGUCACGACUGACGAAAUGUUGAUCUAUAAGACGUGUUUUUCUUGGAUCUUCAAAGAGGUUUGGGUAUACGCUUUAAAUAUGGAUUAUAAUAAUUCCAGUCCUGGCCAAGUUUCUGGAUAGCAAAUCAAACUAGUAUGACAUCACAAUCUGCUGUUUUUGUGCAGUUGGUGACUUCUAGAGGAGAAAUGUGCAUGAUAUUAAAUAUGAAUGGAUUUUUUUUUUUUUUUUUUCAUGACAAACUUUGACCUCAAAAUUUUUUUAUAGCGAGAGUUUGCAAUGCCGUUUAGAUCUGUUAUCCAUCACAUUCAUCCUUCCCCUCCUUUUACAAGCAGUAAAUUAUUUUAUCGUGUUGUAAUAUGUGAGUUGUUGCUUGUAUUUACUUUUCAUAAAGUAAGAUUUUGUCGUUAAUAAUA